ACGGCAAGACCAUUUGGCCCACGUCUGCUGUGGAAGGAUAAGUCUGCAGGUCAACUGGAUUUGCGUGAACAGAACCUGGGCAAUUUCUAUAACUGAGUCUUAACCCUGGCAGCUCUUUUGCCACCUCUAUGUGUUUUUGCGAAGUCCCUCCUUCUACCAGCUUCCUUACAGCUGUUCUUAUUCCCUGUGGUGGGGUUUUUUUUCUUUCUUUCCAGGGAAGGGGAAUCAAUACAACCCCAUCUCUAGGAGACAGGUGGUUGGUCUGAUCUUAAGCGAGGACAGAAGAUCUGUUUCCGUCCAAACCAGGUGUCCGGGUUAAUUCCAGCCUGGGUCAAGCAUCACAAGAUGUUUUUUCAGUUUGUGUGCUAUUUCACGGUUGUGUGGCUGAUUCCUGCCUCAGAUGCAGAGAGCUGUACAGCACUUCCCCCAGUGGACAAUAGCAUUUUUUUUGCAAAGGAGGUGGAAGGACAAAUCCUGGGGACUUACCUUUGUAUCAAGGGCUUCCACCUAGUAGGAGAGAAAACCCUUUUCUGCAAUGCCUCCAAGCAGUGGAAUGCCUCCACCCCCACCUGCCACUUGGGCCACUGUCCUGACCCUGUGCUGGUGAAUGGUGAGUUCAGUUCCUCGGGGCCUGUGAACGUGAGGGACAAAAUCACAUUUAAGUGCAAUGAGCACUACCUCCUCAAGGGCAGCAAUUGGAGCCAGUGCCUAGAGAACCACACCUGGGUGCCUCCCUUUCCCAUCUGCAAAAGCAGAGACUGUGGGCCUCCUGAGAACCCAGCUCAUGGCUAUUUUGAAGGAAGAGAUUUCAACUCAGGAUCUACCAUUACUUAUUACUGUGAAGAGAGGUACCGCUUAGUGGGUGCGCAGGACCGCCAGUGCGUGGAUGGGGAGUGGGACAGUGGACUUCCAGUCUGUGAGUCGAUUCAAGAAGCUCCACAGACUGAGUUUGAGAAGGCACUUCUUGCCUUUCAGGAAAGCAAGGAACUUUGCCAAGCUGUAGAGAUCUUUAUGCAAAGAUUAAAGGAAAAUGGUUUAACAAUGGAGAAACUAAAAUAUUUUCUGGGAGUGAAGAAAGCUGAGUUGGAGGAAAAAAUGUUGCCCUGACAUAUGCUAGCUGAGCAGACCAGAAAUAAAAAUACACCUAUGAGUAAA